GGCUGCGGCGGCCAGGCUGGGUCCGAGCAUCCCGCGGCUUCGGACCCGCCCGGCCCGGACAUGGCGAGCGUCCGGGCCUCCCCGCGCAGCGCGCUGCUGCUUCUUCUGGCCGCGGCGGGGGUCGCGGAGGUGACGGGGGGCCUGGCCCCGGGCAGCGCGGGUGCUGUAUGUUGUAAUCAUUCAAAGGAUAACCAAAUGUGCCGUGAUGUUUGUGAACAGAUUUUCUCCUCAAAAAGUGAAUCCCGACUGAAACAUCUGUUGCAGAGAGCCCCAGAUUACUGUCCAGAAGCCAUGGUUGAAAUUUGGAGUUGUAUGAAUUCAUCUUUGCCAGGUGUGUUUAAGAAGUCCGAUGGCUGGGUUGGCUUAGGCUGCUGUGAACUGGCUAUUGGUUUGGAGUGUCGACAGGCAUGCAAGCAGGCAUCUUCAAAGAAUGAUAUUUCCAAAGUUUGCAGAAAAGAAUAUGAGAAUGCUCUUUUCAGUUGCAUUAGCAGAAAUGAAAUGGGCUCGGUGUGCUGCAGUUAUGCAGGUCAUCACACGAACUGCCGAGAAUUCUGUCAAGCCAUUUUUCGAACAGACUCUUCUCCUGGUCCAUCUCAGAUCAAAGCAGUGGAAAAUUAUUGUGCCUCUAUUAGCCCACAAUUGAUACACUGUGUGAACAAUUACACCCAGUCUUACCCCAUGAGAAACCCAACAGAUAGUUUAUAUUGCUGUGACAGAGCUGAAGACCACACUUGCCAAAACGCCUGCAAGAGAAUUCUCAUGUCUAAGAAAACAGAAAUGGAGAUUGUUGAUGGUCUCAUCGAGGGUUGUAAGACCCAGCCCUUGCCUCAAGAUCCUCUUUGGCAGUGUUUUCUCGAAAGCUCACAGUCAGUUCAUCCUGGGGUCACAGUGCAUCCUCCUCCCUCAACUGGCCUUGAUGGGGCUAAAUUGCACUGUUGCUCUAAAGCAAACACUUCAAUAUGUAGGGAACUGUGCACAAAACUUUAUAGCAUGAGCUGGGGAAAUACUCAGAGUUGGCAAGAGUUUGACCGCAUCUGUGAAUAUAAUCCGGUGGAGGUGUCCAUGUUGACAUGUCUAGCUGACGUCCGGGAACCUUGCCAGUUGGGCUGUAGAAACCUUACUUACUGUACAAACUUUAACAACAGACCAACAGAGCUUUUCAGGAGCUGUAAUGCUCAGUCUGACCAGGGAGCCAUGAAUGACAUGAAGCUGUGGGAGAAAGGAAGCAUUAAGAUGCCCUUCAUCAGCAUCCCUGUUCUUGAUAUUAAAAAGUGCCAGCCGGAAAUGUGGAAAGCAAUUGCGUGCUCCCUGCAGAUUAAGCCUUGCCAUAGUAAAUCCCGAGGGAGCGUUGUCUGCAAAUCAGAUUGUGUAGAGAUACUCAAGAAAUGCGGAGACCAGAACAAAUUCCCUGAAGACCACACAGCUGAAAGUAUUUGUGAGUUUCUGUCCCCUGCAGAUGACCUGGAGAACUGUAUACCUCUGGAUACCUACCUCAGGCCAAGUGCUUUAGGUAACAUCAUAGAAGAAGUGACUCAUCCCUGUAACCCAAAUCCUUGCCCAGCCAAUGAGCUCUGUGAAGUGAACCGAAAAGGGUGUCCGACUGGAGAUCCCUGCCUUCCAUACUCUUGUGUUCAAGGCUGCAAAUUGGGGGAAGCGUCUGACUUCAUUGUCCGUCAGGGGACACUGAUCCAGGUGCCGUCCUCUGCAGGAGAAGUGGGUUGUUACAAGAUCUGUUCCUGUGGACAGAGUGGCCUCUUGGAAAACUGUAUGGAGAUGCACUGUAUCGACCUCCAGAAGUCUUGUAUUGUUGGAGGGAAAAGAAAAAGUCAUGGAACAUCCUUCAAUAUUGACUGCAACGUCUGUUCUUGUUUUGCUGGCAAUUUAGUGUGUUCUACCCGUCUCUGCCUCAGUGAGCAUAGCUCAGACGACGACCGUCGAACCUUCACAGGUCUGCCCUGUAACUGUGCAGAUCAGUUUGUCCCUGUGUGUGCACAGAAUGGACGCACCUACCCCAGUGCCUGUAUCGCCCGCUGUGUGGGUCUCCAAGACCAUCAGUUUGAGUUUGGACCUUGUGUCUCCAAGGAUCCCUGUAAUCCUAACCUCUGCCCAAAAAGCCAAAGAUGUGUGCCAAAACCACAGGUUUGCCUGACGACCUUUGAUAAAUUUGGAUGUAGCCAGUAUGAGUGUGUGCACCGACAGCUCGCCUGUGAGCAGGUCCGUGAUCCUGUGUGUGACACAGAGCACGUGGAGCACAGCAAUCUCUGCACUUUGUACCAAAGAGGAAAAAGCCUGUCUUACCGAGGCCCCUGCCAGCCCUUCUGCAGAGCCAGAGAGCCUGUUUGUGGGCACAAUGGUGACACGUACAGUAGUGUGUGUGCUGCCUACUCGGAUCGGGUGGCAGUCGAUUACCAUGGGCCCUGCCAGGCUGUCGGGGUCCUCUCUGAACACAGUGCCCUGGCGGCCGAGUGUGCUGCCGUGAAGUGCCCUUCCCUCUCAGCUCUCGGCUGCAGGCCCGUCAUUCCACCCGGUGCUUGUUGCCCAUUGUGUGCUGGGAUGUUACGGGUUUUAUUUGACAAAGAAAAACUGGACACUAUUGCUAAGGUGACGAACAAGAAGCCGGUGACAGUUCUAGAGAUCCUUCAGAAGGUCCGCAUGCAUGUGUCUGUCCCACAGUGUGAUGUGUUUGGAUACCUGAGCAUCGAAUCAGAAAUUGUGAUCCUCAUUAUUCCUGUGGACCAUCACCCAAAAGCUUUGCAGAUUGAGGCCUGCAAUAAGGAAGCGGAGAAAAUCGAGUCCCUCAUCAACUCGGACAGCCCCACUCUGGCAUCCCAUGUCCCUCUCUCUGCCCUCAUCAUUUCCCAGGUGCAGGUCUCCAGAAGCCUCCCAUCGUCUGCUGAUGGGGGCAGGCCUCCCAGCCACUCCCUGCUCCUCUUCAGCCUGGGCCUCACCAUGCACUUGCUCUGGGCUUGUCUCUGACUGUCCACAGAGACCGCAAAGCAUCCCUCAACUCUCCUGUCCGACCUUGUGAACGACAUUCAGGACUGCUAGCUGGUGGCCACGCAAAAGCACGUGUCACCUCUUAGCACCACACAGUAUUUUUUUUUUUUUAAUCUGCCAAUAUUAGGGGGUUUUGCCUUGAUUUUAAAAUGAUAAACUAGGUUCUCCCAGUGUAGUAAAGAUCUCUUGCUGGUAGGCUGCGGGGCCACAGUUUACAUUUUGCUCAGUCGAGAAGGCCCCUUCUCCAAAGCUAAUUUACCGUCACUCAUCUGUGAGAUGGUCACUUUAUAGAAGGAGCCCCUUUGCUGUUGGGUUCGUGUCCUAAUAUCUUCCGAGUUCCUGUAAGUGUUUGAGGUUGCCAGUGUCUUGUUCCUGUGUCUAGAAUCUGAGGGCUCAGUGAAAAGUCACUGUUGUGACGGCUGGCUCCAUAGACAUUUGAGGCAGGGCUCUAAUGUGCCUAGCAAAGGCCCAGCUGGCCAAGUGAUGCUCAUGUACUUACCUAGUGAGUGGUCCUCUCAGUACUGCCGGUUUGUGCCUGGGAAUGGGGGCAGCCCCAUUGCUUCCCAGCAUCUUGUGUCACGCAGUUUAUUAGCCAAAUGCACUCGUCAAGACUCACCAAGUUCAGAGUUUAAAUAUCAGAUUUAAACCAGUUGCUGCUACUAUAUAAUUGCCAAAAAGUAAGAUAAUUAGUAGUUCAUGUAAAUAGUACAUGAUUUUUUAAGUUUAUAAUGAAGAAGGUGAAUAGCCAUAUUUGUAAAAUGACAAUCAUAUGUGUUAGCCCAUACUUUCCAUUCAUGAAGACAUGUUUGCUUUUUGUGAUGUGAACAGUAUGGAUAAGUGUCUGUCUGACUUUCUUUUUAUAUAGAAUUAUAAAGAAUGUGAUUUAUAUAUUUAAAAUGUCAGGCUAAAUAUUAAAAUGUUUGCAUGUUGUCUAAGAAAUUGGAUACUUUGAAUGUUUCACAGUUUGAAAUAAGCUAUUAAUGAAAGACUUCUUGUUUGUAUGCACCUGAACUUAGAUUUUUAUAUGAAGUAUUUUUCAGUGUUACAUGUACUCUCUGAAAUAUAGCAAUAUGCUUAUUAUACCAAAAUGUUGUUGAAAAGUGAGCACUUAAAGCUUUCAGAGAAUCUCAGUGCUGAUGUUAAUGUAGCCUCUGUUGCAAUUGCCAAUUUCUGUCUAAAUGUCCUCAACAUACUAGACUAUAUUGUAUAUAUGUUCAAUAUAUAGUCUACCACAAUAUACUGUAUGUAUACUAUAUAUAGUAUACAGCAAUAUACUAGAAAGCUUUUCUAUUUUAAUAAAAGUAAUUUUAUAUGAU